UAGAAUCAUAAGAAAUGUUUUCCUUAUUUUUUUUCCUUUAACAUUCCUUAAAAGAGUCCUUACAAUGGCUGCACCUUGAUAAUACUCACCCUGUUGAUAGUUCUGAUUCUUGCAGCACAAACCCACUGACCGUUUAUCACAUUCACAUGCCAAAAUCAAUACAGCAGUCACCAUCUGCAGUGCUGUUGUCCUUGCCUCCUGCCCGCUAAUCUAAGAACAGGUCCAAGGCUACACUCAGCAGAUGUGUUAUCAACUACUCAAGCUCAUCAUCUCCUUGCGUACACUUUCUACCCCUCUGACACAUUUACUUUUUAAAUACUGCUGACAUCACUGACGCAGACUGCUCCAGCAUCACGAUGACCACAGAUUUUCCUUAAUCAUGGUUUUGUAAAAAGGAGGAAACCCUUCUGGGGAGGCCACAAUCCCUCCAUCCCCCAAACAAUGAUCUAUGUAUUCCAGUCUUCUCUGAUAAAAGGAAAAUAAGAAGCUGCAUUGUAAGAUUAAGCGGGUUCCACACAAACAGUGCAAUCAUUUCUAUCUUUAACAACCUGGGAAAACCUCUCACCUCUCAACAAUUCUCCUCUCACAUCCCAUCGAUCGGUUACCGAGCGGAUCUCGCAGUCAAUACGGAUGAACAGAGUUACUGCUCGUCAGACACCAUUAGUCUUCCCUCUUGAGUGUUAAAUAAACUUCACGUCUCUUGCUCUCUGGCAAGGUUCAUCACUUCCAUGAGUUACCGUUUAUUAAAAACGACCCUGUUACUUGGAUGUUUUGCACGGAUUUGAAUUUUAUUCUCUCUGUCACCCGUUUUUGUUUACUUUUGAUGCGUGUUAGGGGUGGAUUGUUCUUCUCACGAGGGCUCUUGUUGGACAGCCACGCCCAAUGAUUCAACAAGCAGGAAUUUGAACACAGUUCUACACCAAUUACCCUCCACACCAGAUGCUGCCCUGAAAAAGAGCUACAAGGCAUUUGUUUGACACAUAUGUCACAGCAUUUCGGCUAGAGCAUCUGUAAUUAUUUGAGUCUUUAGAACUAUUUUUUACAACAGCUACUGUAUGUCUGAUCGGUUCCUAUUUAAAUUCAGUCUUUCAAUCAAGUUUCGGUUUGUUUUGCAGGCAGAGAGACAGAGACGCAUGAUGCACAUUCUGGAACAAUCGUUCCAGAAUACAUUUCUUUUAAUAGUAAGGGUAUUUAUGGAGAAAUGACAUGGAAGAACACUUUGAAAGAUCUUUUAAAAAUAACAUCUUUAAAGUCAUUCACACAAGUCAGAAAAUAAAGAAAAAAGCCUUGUAAUGCUACUUAUCAGGUUAUUAAUAUCAAUAAUGAAACCUAUUAGGAUAACAUAUAGUAACAUUUUAUGGUUAAGAAUAUAUUUACACAGACACAUCACACGUUUUAUUUAUUAUAAAUGAUUUAAUCAGGAUCCUAAACUCUGGGUGCUUGUUCAUGCCUGUGGGGAAAAUAAUUACUUUUUCUUAAGUAAAAAAAGGAUUUCCUAAUAUGGUAAAAUGACAGACUUAGGAGGACUUGUAACACUUCUGAAUGUGUAAAUAUAUUUGCCUUGUAAAAUGUUUCUUUGAAAUAAUAUAAUUUGAUCCCUUAUUUGGCUCGUGCAUUUUUACAGAUGAAUUGAUGUCACGCUCUCAGACAUUUUACUUGCCAAUUGUGUCAUUUUAAAGCGCUGACCCAUUUUCUUCAGGUUUAAACACGCUGACUCCAUUCACCCUCAGAACUAUGUUGUCUGUUGCUCAUAAUAAUAAGUAAGUAUGCGAAACGUUUGCUUUCAACACUCAAUCAGACCGGUGACAGCUCGCGACUGCAGCAAACUGGAACAGUCCAUUUGUAAAGGAGCGAAGGGGGUGGGUCUCCCAUGACUGACUUUACAUUGGAUGUACGGGUACACAUACAAUCGGAGCACGCCUGCGAACAGUGACUCGAUCAGUCUCGGAUAAAAUCAUGUGCAUUUAAAAUUCGCCUUUGGUUUGUGUCGGCACCGCGCAGAACAGAGACUGAUAAAGCGGUGAUUAUCAAAGGAAACGCGCGUAGAACGAUUCGCGGAUGACACAUUGUAACACUUUCAUUUUUCGUGUGUGAUACAUUGUAACAGUUUUAUUCACGCGGGAAUACAUUGUAGCAGUUCUAUUUCGGAUUUGGAACUUUAACUGCGCGUAUUCUCUACUGUACCUUUUAAUAAACUCUGACAAGCACCCAACUUCCGAUCUCACCGGUCUCCUCGCCGUCUGCCGUGCCAGUGUGUGUGAGGGUUCGCGGUUUAUCUGAAGACAUGCUGGAGAAACUCGAUCUCGAGGACGAAGCUGUUGAACAGUCCGAGAGUGACAUUUACAUGCGUUUUAUGAAGUCACAUAAAUGCUAUGACAUCGUUCCUACCAGCUCCAAGCUCGUGGUCUUUGACACAACUUUGCAGGUUAAAAAGGCAUUUUUUGCCUUGGUGGCCAAUGGAGUACGAGCCGCCCCCCUGUGGGAGACCAAAAAACAGAGUUUUGUUGGCAUGUUAACCAUCACAGACUUCAUCAAUAUACUCCACAGAUACUACAAAUCACCCAUGGUACAAAUUUAUGAGCUUGAGGAGCACAAGAUUGAGACGUGGAGAGAGCUUUAUCUACAAGAAACAUUUAAACCUUUAGUGAACAUAUUUCCGGAUGCAAGCAUAUUUGAUGCUGUGUAUUCACUGAUCAAAAACAAGAUCCACCGGCUGCCCGUCAUCGACCCUGUCAGUGGGAAUGCACUUUACAUUUUGACGCACAAGAGGAUCCUUAAAUUCCUCCAGCUGUUUGUGUGUGAGAUGCCAAAGCCCGCUUUUAUGAAGCAGACGCUGGAAGAGCUGAGCAUCGGGACCUACUGCAACAUCGCCUUUAUUCACCCUGACACGCCAAUCAUCAAAGCGCUCAACAUCUUAGUGGAGAGAAGGGUGUCUGCUCUGCCCGUGGUGGAUGAGUCAGGAAAAGUUGUAGAUAUUUAUUCAAAAUUUGAUGUCAUUAAUCUUGCUGCUGAAAAGACGUACAACAAUCUGGACAUCAGUGUGACCCAGGCGCUCAUGCACAGGUCGCAGUAUUUUGAAGGGGUCAUGAAGUGCAACAGAUUCGAAACGCUGGAGACAAUAGUAGAUCGGAUAGUCAAAGCAGAGGUGCACAGACUGGUGGUGGUGGAUGAGAACGGCAGCAUUGUGGGAAUCGUCUCUUUGUCAGAUAUCCUCCAGGCACUUGUGCUCAACCCUGCAGGUAUGACCAAGAAGGACAGUGAAGCAGAGACUGAGUGAUGUUUGCCAGGAUGUUCGUGUCAUGUGACGUCGCUGUGGAGACUGGUGUAGGAGUUAGUGGAGGCACAUUGGAAGUCUUUGGACAUGUGUGGGCCACAUAAACAGAUUAAAGAGCGGAACCAGAAAGCAGGGGUGUGACCUAAAUGUGUGCUGUUGGAGGGCGAGAGAAGGGUUGAUAGUUAGAGAUUAUGGAUGGACACGGUGACAAUGGAGGGCGGUGGAUCAUCUCUCGUUCAGAAGGAUACUGUGAAUUCUGCCUUGUGUAUCACACUAAGCUUCUGCACGCACACUAUGAUAAAGUAUACUUUAGCUAGACCUAAAACUACGCCAUCUGGUGUCUGAAAGGGGCCUGCGGAUGAGCUGGACCAGAUCAGACUAUGGGCUAUACCAUAAUGGCCUCUAUGGGGAGGGGGAUGUGUUGCGGGUCAUUUAGUAAUAAUCGCAGUAUUCGGUGCAUGUUACAACUGUUUAUUCCUCAUUUAUAUACACAUUUUGUCUUGCGGCUUAUGAGCCCAGCUUUCCUGUAUUUGUAUGUUUGAACAUCACGCCCCCCCCAAACCUCACAACCCCCCUCUAAAUGCAGACAGAAAUGGUUUCCUAUCUGUCUAUGGUGCCUUCUGUCUCGCCCACUACUGGUUGCCAAUAGAACAAGAGAAAUAAUUGAAUGUUUUAAACAUGUCAAAAUGAAUGUUGGAGUUGUUCAAAACCAAAUGACCCUCCCCUUUUGGCUAUUUUCGUGAGUUUUAUUUAUUUAUUGCAGAGCGCUAAAUUCCUUCACUUGGAUUUAAGUUUGGGUGUUCAUAAUUCUUGGUGUAAUGGAAAUGAUGCUGUAAAUGAUGAUUGAAACGUUUGUUUAUUUAUUUAUAUAUAACACUUAUGUCAUUUUAAAAGGAAUAUUUAUGAGUGAGAUGGAAAGAACUAUUAAGUCCCUAUGCAGUAAAACCAUUUGCUGAUCAAUGACUUGAUGUUCAAUGCAAUUCAACUUAAAAAUCCCACUUUUCUUUCUGUCUAGGUCACAGACCUCUUUUUCGUUGUAUCGAUUGUACUGUACACACACAUGAAAAUUUGUUUGAGGAAACUAUAAGUGCCAGAGAAAGGUCUGUUUUUCUAUGUAGUCAACGCUGUUUGUAAUACGUAUGAUUUUACUUUGGUUCUUGUCGUUUGUUUUGCAGAUUUGUUGUUGACACAAUGACCGUUAUGUCCACAGGUAAAUGCACAAUACUGGCAUAAUAAUGCUAAACGUGCUCAAGUUUUUAUUUUAUUUUACAGUUACAUCAAAAUAAACCAGAGUUUGAAAACGUU